GCGGGUUUAGUGUGUACUUUUGGGCAACAAACGGUAGCUUCGUCUGUCACAAACACCGGUUAUAUUAGCUUCCACAACUGGAUAUAGUUAGAAAUACUUUAGUUUUUCGUAGACCAAACUUCGUUUUUUUUGUUAUUAAUCCCGGAAAUAACGUUACGAAUAUCACAGGAUUAAGUGAAUAUGGGGUAGGGUAGCUCAACUUAAUUGGCGUUAUUAUGUGAUUUUUGUUUGUCUACUGUCAAACUGGGUUAACAUACUAACGUUAGAUGACUACAACUUACUCGUAUAACACGCAAUUCGCAUACACGUUAGAGCUGUUCAAGUCGUGUUGAAGUUGCCAAUGGAAACAUUAUCAAUGUUUGGUCUUCGUCUCUCCCUAAAACAAAGAUAUUUUCUCCUGCUGUGUGUUGCUGUCGGAGGGAUACUUGCAUAUCAGUUUACAAGGAAUCACAGUGAAGUGAGAAAAAUGAGCCGUGUGGAGGGUCUGAGGGCCAACUUGUCUCAGUUCACUCUGGAGAGAAAACCCUUCCGCAUCCUGGGGGGCUCCAUCCACUACUUCCGCGUCCCCAGAGCCUACUGGGAGGACCGGCUGCUGAAGAUGAAAGCCUGUGGCCUAAAUACUCUCACAACGUAUGUGCCGUGGAACCUGCACGAGCCUGAGCAAGGGGUGUUCAACUUUGAGGAUCAGCUGGAUUUAGACGCCUACCUCCGCCUUGCUGCCAAUCUGGGACUCUGGGUGAUUCUGCGUCCCGGGCCGUACAUCUGUGCCGAGUGGGAUUUAGGAGGACUCCCCAGUUGGCUACUACGGGAUCCAAACAUGAAACUGAGAACAACCUACCCGGGAUUCACCAACGCCGUCAACUCCUUCUUUAAUCAGCUCAUUAAGAAAGUUGUUCCACAUCAGUACUCCAAGGGUGGCCCAAUUAUUGCAGUUCAAGUGGAGAAUGAAUAUGGCUCCUAUGCCAAAGAUAAAGAGUACAUGCCUUUCAUCAAAGAGGCGUUAUUGUCAAGGGGCGUCACGGAGCUGCUGCUGACCUCAGACAACAAGGAAGGACUAAAGCUUGGAGGAGUGAAAGGAGCACUAGAAACCAUCAAUUUCCAGAAACUGAACCCGAAUGACAUCAAGUAUCUAGAUGAAAUACAACCUCAGAAGCCUAAGUUGGUGAUGGAGUACUGGUCUGGCUGGUUUGAUCUUUGGGGAGAACUUCAUCAUGUGUACGCAGCUGAGGACAUCAUACCUGUGGUCACAGAGAUCCUUAAACUGGACAUGUCCAUCAACCUGUACAUGUUCCACGGAGGGACAAAUUUUGGCUUCAUGAGUGGGGCAUUCGCCGUUGGAAUGCCUGCACCUAAACCUAUGGUAACAAGCUACGAUUACGAUGCUCCAUUAUCCGAGGCUGGGGAUUACACCACCAAGUACCAUCUUCUGAGGAAUUUAUUCAGCCUCUACCACACCCAGCCUCUCCCUGAACUGCCCUCUCUUCGGGAAAGGAGAGCGUACCAGCCUGUUGUCAUCCAGCAGCACCUGUCUCUGUGGGACAGUCUGCAUUUCUCUGACAAGCCUAUGAAGUCAGUGAGGCCGGUGAACAUGGAGAAUCUCCCCGUCAACAAUAAAAAUGGUCAGUCUUAUGGCUACACAUUGUAUGAGACCACCAUCACCAGUGAAGGAACCCUCAACUCAAAGAACAACAUCAAAGACAGAGCGCUGGUAAAGACAGGAGGACAUAAUGCUUCUGUUUUUGUGGACAAACAUUUUAUUGGUGUUCUGGAUUAUAAGACGCAAGAACUUGCUCUCCCUGAUGGGAAGAAGGGGAAAAGAACUCUAAGUUUACUGGUGGAGAACUGUGGAAGAGUGAAUUAUGGGAAAACACUGGAUGAGCAGCGCAAAGGUCUUGUUGGAGAUAUCGAGUUAAACAAGCGUGUCCUCCGAGACUUCAUUAUUCAUAGUCUGAGUAUGAAGCCAGGCUUUGUAAACAGACUUGAGAGUUCAGGCCACUGGACGUCUAUGCGCCAGCGGCCCUCCUUCCCAGGUUUUUUCCAGGGCAGACUCUAUGUGAACAGUUUUCCUAAAGACACCUUCAUCAAACUCCCUGGCUGGUGCAAAGGAGUAGUGUUUAUCAACGGCAAGAAUCUGGGACGCUACUGGUCCAUCGGUCCUCAGCAAACCCUCUAUGUCCCAGGCCCCUGGCUUCACAGGGGGGACAACCAGGUCAUAGUGUUUGAAGAGCAGGAAACAGAUGGUAAGAUUCAGUUUGCCAGCAGCCCUGACUAUGGCAUGCCUGUUGAUGUCCAGUGAGGACAGGAGGUGAGAGGGCAGUGUGGAUGAGGAGAGGAGGAUGAUGGGAGCGUAGAUGCAACCGAGGCGUUUGCCGUGAGGUUCGUCAACUCAGGCACCGACACCCUGCCAUGACCAGCAUCACUCAAAAGUCACACAUCAGUGAACAUGACAUUUUGUGUUCUAUCGGAGGACGCCAACACAGCAGCGUUCCAGACUAGUUUUUCAUUUAGUGACUGUAUUUCUGACAUUGUUGAGUCCUUCUUAUUCAGUUUACACUAAUCUGCACUCUACUACAUAACUGGAGAAGGAACUGUGAUACAGAAUGUUCUUGAUUAUAAUAAAGUCUUAAAAAUGUCUUCCUUUCACAGGCUUAUUAUAGAAUAUAGGUUGUGCAUAAGAACUGUGAAUAAAAGCUGAUUUUUGUGUGUCAGUAGUCAA